GCCGGAACUACAGGAAGUGGGCGCGCAGCGGCUGCGCGCUUCGCCCCCGGGGACUUCGGCUUUUUCGCGCCUGCCUUCCGCGCCUAGCGCCUCGCGCCUCGCCAUCCCGCCGCCUCGCGUCGCGGUGGGAGGCUGCCGACCCGCACCCCUGUGAGCCAGAGCCCGCGAGGCUGCCUGGGCCAUGGAUUCGAAGGUCAGCAACGGCGCCAGCCUCCAGGAUGAGCGUACCACAAACCUGCUCGUGUUCAGCUUCCUCCAGAGCUGCUCCCACUCCAGCUUCCACAGAGAGCUGGAGGCGCUGGGCCACGAGCUGUCUGUGCACACGGCCCAGGAUGAUGAGCUGCAGACGGACGGCAACAGGUGCAGCCGCCUCGAGGGGGCGGCGGAGACAGAUUCUGAAAGUCAAGAAGCAGCGGUCCGGGACAUCGCCAGGCACCUCGCCCAGAUUGGGGACAGCAUAGAGAGCAGCAUCCACCCGGGGCUGGUGGCCGGCCUGGCCGCACAGUUCAGGAACAGGAGCCUGUCGGAGGAGGACAGAAGGCGGUGCCUGGUGGCCGUGCUGGAGCAGCUUAUGCGGCCCUACCCUGCAGACGUGGACCGCGAGAAGACCCUGCUCCUGCUGACCAUGCUCGUGGCCAAAAAGGUGGUCGACCACUCGCCAGCCUUGCUCCGAGACGUCUUUUGCACCACAGUGACCUUCAUCAAUCAGAACCUGCUCGCCUACGUGCGGAACUUAGUCCGAAACGAGAUGGACUGAAUGGACGACUCAGCAGAGCACAACUGGUUAAAACUUGACACGGUGACAGCAGUGUAGCUGCCUCCACAGAGCUGGAGCCUCAGCCAUUUAAACACGCUCAGAGAAGACAGGAGAUGACAGCUAUGUCUC